UUUAAUAAGUUGUAUUUAAUAUUUAAUUACAUGCGAUUUGCAAUCGCCACGCCGCGGUCGCGUCUAACUAUUUACAAUAUAUACCUUUCAUAAUGAAUUAAUUGACCAUUUGUUCAUUUGUUUUUAACAUACGCAAUUAAAUUCUUCCAUUCGAUCAAUUUAGUUUCAAAUAAUAAUAACUGCUCUCAUUUUAUAAGCACAAUGAAUCUUUGUUCAAUUGUUGUAAUUUUUGUUAGCCAAAUAGUGGUGUCUUUGUGUUUUAAAGAUAUACCGCCAAGAAAGGAUGGAGCCUUAACAGCAAGAUAUAUUGUUCACAAUUCAGAUUAUACAUCAAUUUCCACAGUUUCGUCAAUACCAAGCAUUGCCGGAUAUCCAUUUGUUAGUAUAACUUCAAUCAGUGAUGGUCCUGUACAAAAUGGUACUGGUGUUACCUACAUGUAUCUGCCAGAAAUCGAUUUUACAGGAAUGGAUGUAGAAAAAGAUAAUCGAGUUAGUUUAAUGAUGAGUUUGAUAGAAGGUAACUAUUGUACGGAUAAUAAAUAUGAUCCAGAAGAUCCUAGAUGUAGCCACGUAAUGAUGAGUGGACGUUUCGUUAAAGUAAAAAACGGUACUGAGGAACAUAAAUUUGCCCAAGAUACUUUAUUCCAACGCCAUCCCAUAAUGAGUUCAUGGCCAGCAGAUCAUGGAUUCUUUAUCGCAAAAGUUGAUUUUGAAUUCAUUGCCGUUCAAGACAUGUUUGGUGGACCAUUGAUAGUUAAACCAGCCGACUACUUUGCUGUAACGCCUAAACAACUAUAUAAAUAUAAAAAUAAAUUAUUACGGUCAAAUAUUCAUUAUUCGGUGAACAGAAUUUAAAUAUUAAUAAAUAAGUAAAAA